GGCUUUACACUCAUCGCUCUGAAGGAGGGGAAGGAAGGAACCACAGACGACCACUAUGCUGGCAAAUUCCAGGUAAUAUAUUGUGAAUGUUUGCUGUGCUCAUAUUUGAGUAAUUAUCUUCUUAUUACAAAUGCACCCUCCACCUCAAAAAGAGUCAAUACAUUCCUCCUAAAACCUCAGUAAGAACAGCUAAAUGAAAGGAAAGAGUUGUCUCCUUCGCUCAGCUUGCGAUGAAAAUACACCACCUACUGAGUGAGAGAGCUCUCCACCAGUGAGAACAAAUGUCCUUAACUACCUCACAAUAUAAAAAGGUACAAACGCUCCCACAACCUGCUCAGCCUCAGCCCACACUCCGCACUCUGCCUCCUUCGUCUCCCUGAGUGUGUAACCGUUUUCUAUUCUCAAGGUUUGAAUCCCAUUUUCAUUGGCAUCUUCAAAUGUCCCUAAUGCCACCUGUAAUAGAUAAUCAAAUACAUUCAAUAUGCAUUGUGGUCCUGUUGUGAGGUCCGAACAUGGUUAUUACAAUCUCAUUACUACUGAAUGGUUUUAGGUUUUUGUAUAAGUUGUCAAUAACGUUACAUUUCAUUAAAUAUAAAGCAUUCCAUUCACAGCUGGGGGGCAAGCCCGCAGCCCACUCCAAUGCAUUAACAUUAUCUCUCAAUAGUAGCCACCAUUUAAUUUGAUUUUUGAGUGAUAUAAAAUAAAAGUUAACUAUUUAUUGCCUGACAAGUAUGUGUGGUUUAGGUUAAUUUUCCUUCCAUUGUGGGCUCUGCCCGUCAAACAGAAGAAGGGCACAUUUGCCCAUGUAUCGCUAAGCUAGAAAUUGAUAACAACCUAUUGUAAAGUGGGACUGAUUGUCAUCAUUUAAUUGGACAAAUAAUUGACAAAUCAUUCAAUGAGAUCAGCAUGAUAUAGCAAAUUAAAUUUUCCAUCCUAAUGACCAUCUGCCGGGAGAUGUCCAAACAAUGGCCUCAAUCAAUUUAAAUCGAACUAAAGUAUGCGCAGAUAAAGUUAGCAAAAUACUCAAUUUGUGCCUUAAACCUCAGAGAAACAAACGCAGAUUUCCUAACCCUCCUCGCUCUUAUUUAUCUAGGCCAGAGAUGUUAUUACCCAGGGAAGCAAGGGAAGCAAACUAUUUUGUUUGGAGAGAGAAGAUGAGCCCAGAUUAUAUCUAAUCUUGUGUUUACAGAGAUUAAAAGCUUCACUUUGUUUCUGGGUUGCUAUGGAUAGACAGACAAGCUGACUCUGUUGGAUAUCUGCUCUCUAGGUCAAUGGGUGCAAGUACAUUACAUGCAGCAGGGAAAAUACAAAUGAGUGGUGGAUGAUCUACAGAAGCAGACUCCUUAGUAAAGGGAUAUUACACCACAGCAGGAUAUGACAUGGUGAGGGGGAGAUGGUCAACAGGUCAGGGGAAAUAUAUGGUCACCUUGUCCAAGUUUCAAUAGCUCCCUGUGUCAUCAUGACCAUGGCGUCUGUUCUUGCUGUGUCUAUCCUGAUGUAGGUAAAGGUAUAGUUGUACCACUCAUUUUUUCACAUUUAAAAAGCAGAACUCAACUUCACACCUUUAUCGAAGGCAAAACAUUUGGCCUGCUUUCUUUACACCAUCAUAAUGUUAGUUCCUCUUAAGAGUGUGUUUUCUGGCCGAGUGAUCUCCAAGUGAUCUCCUGUUUUAAAAGCUUUUCACACAAACCCAGCCAGCGUCAAAGGUUUUAGGGAAAAUAACAGGAGGAGUGUUACCAUUACCAUCUCAGCAGCUGUAUUUGUAUAGAGCACAGUUCAUCAUUGCUGUUUUUAUUUGGACCAGAGAUUGCACGCGACUGUUAUUUAGGAGCAUCCUUGAGCUAGCUCUCCAGGCUGAAGCUCACUGCAGCAUGACAGACUAAAUGAAAUGCCCAGGAAACCUUGGACCCUUGCUGUAAAUACUGUCAAGCCAAGAAUGUGCCAGUGAUGUAUGAAGAAGAAAAAUGGCAAAGUGGGUGUUACGAAUAGCUUGUUAAAUAAGAUUAAUGAACUAUAGAAAAUAAUUAUAGCUAAUUGAUGUUCUGUUUUUUAAAUUAUUAUUUAAAGCCAAUCUGCUAAUAAAGUAUACAGUAAUAUAAGAGGUAUAACUCUAUAUAUUGAUUAUCUAAUACUGUACCAGACAUGUUCAGACAUUUUCACUGUUUGAAAAAUAUAUCACAUAAUAAGAUUUGAUAUCAGAGAUAGCUUGAACAUCUUUAUGGGUUUCCAUAGUAAUAGAAGUGUUUGAUUGAUAGGAGGCUCAAGGCAAACGUUUAGUGCUCUCGAGUCUAGAGAUUUCCACCGAGAUCAGAAGAAACCUGUUACUUUUAAAUCAUAUGUUGAUGUGACAUUUUAAAUAUUGUAUCAGAAAGUUACAUUCGCCCUGAGUCUCUUGCCAAACUAUCAUCUAUUCCAUGUCUUGAUUUUCGCAGGGGGCUUCUAACCUCUACUCAGUCCAAAAGGAAUACUGUCCAUCUGCAUCUCCUUGAAAAUACACAUUUACUUAUGCAGGCGCUGCAAAGCAUCUGUGUUUGCUGUGUCACCCGGGAGAGAAUGACUAUGAAAACAGCAGUAUUUAGCUGCUCCUCCAGACUCCCCCUCCCCCUACAAGACAAUGGAACCAUUCCCUCCUCCCUCCCACAGGGUAAAAAAAUAGAUAUAGGCUGGGUGUUCUGUAAGAAAUGCACAGUUUCCGAAGUAACUCAACUCCAAGUUCAGCUUCCUCCUAUACAUUUGUUGUUUUCCUUAGCACUGUCAGUUGUUUGGCGCUGCCUGUGACUGACAGGACCUCAAUGGUGAAGAGGCACAAAAAUACAUUUCAGUAUGAGUAUAAUGAGGUCUAAGGAAUAGUAUGGAGGAAUACUGGUGGAGCGGGGAGCUUAUGUGAGUCAGAGAGAGGGAGAGAAAAGAGAAAGAGACAAAGACCGAGAGAGUGGGAGAUACUAAUUAUAGUGCGGGAAGACUGGGCUCACAGGGGUACCUAGACAGAAUGCAAAUUGAAACAAUCGUCUGUAUCAAUGAAUACUUUUUAUUUUCUAAAAGACCUCCAGAAAGAAUUCUUCCUCUUACGCAAACGUAUCAAGAAAAAUUGCUUCCCUCCCUUACUUUCUGUCAUGUGUGAAGCAUCUGGCUGUUAGAUCAAUAUGAUUGUGUAGCCGGGGCAGCUGGCGAACAUUCAUCGUGGCCCCAGAGGUCAUCUCUGUGUGAGUCUGCUGCUCGUCACGCCUGGUUUUUAUUACUCUCUCAUGGCCGUGACAUAGAGGGGGACUGGGAUGAACACGCCAUGGACUCACAACAUUGUUUUACCACUUUCUCGUUGCGUAACUUGGAGUAUUAUUUUAUUACUGUCCUACUUUCAAGGACAGGUGAAGGGAUGCCUAGAAUGUUAUGCACUGCACACUCAACUGUCAAUCAACCAGUCAAAUUUGUAGAGAGAUGAGGUGAAACAACAUACCUAGAGUGGAAUUCAAUGUCAUAAUGUAUUACGACAACUCUGUUAUCUAUAAUUUUUUACUGAAGACAUCUGAGUUUUCAUCAGUUUUAAGAGGAGAAGUUCACAUAUCAAACUACACAAAACAAUUUGUUACAGUACGUGUAAUGCCAGUGUUGGCAUCUGAAAAGGAUUCCAUUUGAAAACAUUCAGCCACGUGUGACUGUGAAAUACACUAUUGAUCAUGGUAUGUGGGCGUAGUGGAGUGUGACACAGCAGCGAGGUGACAACAGAAUACAGAUUACAGCCUGUCUGAGAUGCUAAACCAUUGGUUUAUUACAGGAGCCCUGAAUUAUAGCAUUGAUCAAUAACUAAAAUUAGUCAUAAGUCUCAGCCGUGAUAAUUAAAACUUUAAACUUUUUCGGCACAGAUGUAGUGAGCAGAGUACCAUGGUUGAAAGUUAAAAUACAUUUGAUCUAUUUUUGAAAAUAUAAAAUGUUAUUGACACAAUUACUCACUUUUUUUGCAUUUAUAACUUUUCGUUUUUGGAAAAACAUUUAUAAAAAAGUAAAAAAAAUCUAUCUUUUUGUUUUUGUUCAAAAGGUGAUUUUGGUGAGAAGUGUUGUGUUUCUGACUGAUUUCCUGUGUUCCCUAGAUCAUAGAUGAGGAAGACACCCAGUUCAUGACCAACUGUCCCCCUGCUGUGACUGAGAGCACCCCCCGCAGGAGGACCCGGAUCCAAGUGUUCUGGACAGCACCCCGUUCUGGCAUCGGCUGUGUCAUCCUCAAGUGGGUACCUUUUAAUACUGAUACUAUUACACCAGUUAUUACACUACUACCACUACCAUAAAUCUCUGUUACUGGUAUUUGUUUAUCUCUUUGGAUCCCCAUUAGCUUUUGCAGAAGCAGCAGCUACUCUUCAUGCGUUCCACAAAAAGCACAAAACAUGACAAGUGUGCGUGUCCCCUCACAGUAAUAUUUCUAAUUCAAACUAGAAGAGAAGCAGUUAAUCUCUCGUCAACCCUCAACCAGGAAAGACUGGCAUGCAUGUUGUUGAUGUUAGUUCUGUAUGUGCAGUUAAGAGCAAGGCAUGCUGCUCUGUUUUGAGCCAGCUACAGCUUUGCCAGGUCAUUCUUUGCUACACUUGACCAUAUUACCGGACAGUAAUCAAGAUGGGAAAAGACCUGUUAGUGCUAACAAUUAUUUGUUUCAGAAUACUAUUUCUCAAUAUUGAUACAGAUGGGGUCAAAUAUAUUGGCACCUUAGCACAAUUGACAAUUUCUUCUAAAAUAAGUUGAAAUUGAAAACUUUUGGUGUUCACAUGUGUAUUUGUUUGAUUAUUUUAUUUAAACUUCAUUUAACCAGGCACGUCAAUUAUGAACAAAUUCUUAUUUACAAUUACGGCAAGAGGUAAAAGGCCUCCUGUGGGUCCGAAAAAAAUGUAAUAAAUAAAAAAGUACGACAAAAUGGACAACAGACAUACAACACUGUCAACCGCACAAAUACAAAAGUAAACAAAGUGUGUGCGUGGAGGCAUGUGUGUGGUGUGUUUUGAAGUUCAACAACAUGCUUCCUUACAUAUGGCAACGCAAACUAGUGACAUGGGGUGACAACUAGAAACAACUACAGUUGAAGUCGGAAGUUUACAUACACUUAGGUUGGAGUCAUUAAAACUAGUUUUUCAACCACUCCACACAUUUCUUGUUAACAAACUAUAGUUUUGGCAAGUCGGUUAGGACAUCUACUUUGUGCAUGACACAAGUAAUUUUUCCAACAAUUGUUUACAGACAGAUUAUUUCACUUAUAAUUCACUGUAUCACAAUUCCAGUGGGUCAGAAGUUUACAUACACUAAGUUGACUGUGCCUUUAAACAGCUUGGAAAAUUCCAGAAAAUUAUGUCAUGGCUUUAGAAGCUUCUGAUAGGCUAAUUGACAUCAUUUGAGUCAAUUGGAGGUGUAACUGUGGAUGUAUUUCAAGGCCUACCUUCAAACUCAGUGCCUCUUUGCUUGACAUCAUGGGAAAAUCAAAAGAAAUCAGCCAAGACCUCAGAAAACAAAUUGUAGACCUCCACAAGUCUGGUUCAUCCUUGAGAGCAAUUUCCAAACGCCUGAAGGUACCACGUUCAUCUGUACAAACAAUAGUACGCAUGUAUAAACACCAUGGGACCACGCAGCCGUCAUACCAUGCAGAUGAGCAUAUUUUGGUGCGAAAAGUGCAAAUCAAUCCCAGAACAACAGCAAAGGACCUUGUGAAGAUGCUGGAGGAAACCGGUACAAAAGUAUCUAUAUCCACAGUAAAACGAGUCCUAUAUCGACAUAACCUGAAAGGCCGCUCAGCAAGGAAGAAGCCACUGCUCCAAAACCACCAUAAAAAAGCCAGACUAUGGUUUGCAACUGCACAUGGAGAAAUGUCCUCUGGUCUGAUGAAACAAAAAUAGAACUGUUUGGCCAUAAUGACCAUUGUUAUGUUUGGAGGAAAAGGGGGGUGGCUUGCAAGCCGAAGAACACCAUCCCAACCGUGAAGCACGGGGGUGGCAGCAUCAUGCUGUGGGGGUGCUUUGCUGUAGGAUGGACUGGUGCACUUCACAAAAUAGAUGGCAUCAUGAGGAAGGAAAAUUAUGUGGAUAUAUUGAAGCAACAUCUCAAGACAUUAGAAGGGCGUUAAAGCUUGGUCGUAAAUGGGUCUUCCAAAUGGACAAUGACCCCAAGCAUUCUUCCAAAGUUGUGCCAAAAUGGCUUGAGGACAACAAAGUCAAGGUAUUGGAGUGGCCACCACAAAGCCCUGACCUCAAUCCUAUAGAAAAUUUGUGGGCAGAACUGAAAAAGUGUGUGCGAGCAAGGAGGCCUACAAACCUGACUCAGUUACACCAGCUCUGUCAGGAGGAAUGGGCCAAAAUUCACCCAACCUAUUAUGGGAAGCUUGUGGAAGGCUACCCAAAACGUUUGACCCAAGUUAAACAAUUUAAAGGCAAUGCUACCAAAUACUAAUUGAGUGUAUGUAAACUUCUGACCCACUGGGAAUGUGAUGAAAGAAAUAAAAGCUGAAAUAAAUAAUUCUCUCUACUAUAAUUCUGACAUUUCACAUUCUUAAAAUAAAGUGGUGAUCCUAACUGACCUAAGACAGGGAAUUUUUACUAGGAUUAAAUGUCAGGAAUUGUGAAAAACUGAGUUUAAAUGUAUUUGGCUAAGGUGUAUGUAAACUUCCGACUUCAACUGUACAUGUCUGCGUGUUGCUAGUGAUAUCGACCCGACAACCCUGUAGAGAUCACAAUGGUGAGUUAGACGUCUCUGAUUGGUGACUAAACGAAGGGCUGCAUGAUACACAUAGUCAAGAGCCUUCAGUAUAGAGCUUGAGGCUUGCACAUAAAUAGUAUCACCAUAUUCCAACACAGAGAGAAUUUCAACGAAUCAACUAUUUUCUGGCGGCAAAGAAAAAACAAGCUUUGUGCUGGUAAUAAAACCCAAUACGCAGCUUGAGUUUCCUGACAAGGUUCUCUACAUGGGUGGUGAAGCGCAACUUCUCAUCCACCCAAACUCCCAUAUAUUUGUACAUCUUUACUUGCUCUAUAGAAUGGUUCUUCCAAGGUAGUAAUUACAUGGUUCUCAGUGUUUUAGUAUUGGAAAAUACCAUGCACUUUGUUUUAAAGGAAUUCAGAACAAGCUUCAAAUCAUACAGAUUCUGUUGAAUGUUAAACACUGUUUGAGCUUUUUCAAAAGCCAAAGUCAAACUGCUGCGACUUGAAUAGAGAACGAUGUCAUCCACAUAAAAAUGUACAUCAGCUGUUUCAAUAUGUCUCCCAAUGUUGUUGAUAUAAAUAAUAAACAGCAGGGGACCUAAAAUGUAUCCUUGAGUCACACCCGAGCACAACUCUAUGGUGUCCGAUUUAAAACCAUCUGCCUUAACAUACUGGAUUCGAUUUGACAUGUAGUUCACAAACCACUCCAGAGCAUGACCAGUAAUCCCAAUACACUUCAAUCUCUGCACCAAGACAGUAUGAUCCACAGUGUCAAAUGCAUUUGACAAGUUGAUGAAUACAGAUACACAAUGCAACUUCUUAUCCAGGGCACAAUGACUAUCAUUCAAAACCCUCAAAGUGUGCUGUGACAGUGCUGUGGCUAGACCUGAAACCUGAUUGCAUACCACUCAAAAUAUUGUUUUCCUGGAGUGGAGGUAGGCCUUAAGCUGCUUAUUGACUGGGAUACCUUUGCCAGGACAGACCAUUUACAUCAAUUGAUUUCAGGGCUCUGUGCACCUCUGAGACAGAAGGGUGAGAAGGAGAACUUGGAGAAGGAGUGCUCAGGAGAG